UCGAUGAUCACUCAGACAUAGUCGAUGAUCACUCAGACAUAGUCGAUGAUCACUCAGAAUUAGUCGAUGAUCACUCAGACAUAGUCGAUGAUUACUCAGACAUAGUCGAUGAUCACUCUGACAUAGUCGAUGAUCACUCAGAAUUAGUCGAUGAUCACUUAGACAUAGUCGAUGAUUACUCUGACAUAGUCGAUGAUCACUCAGACAUAGUCGAUGAUCACUCAGACAUAGUCGAUGAUCACUCAGACAUAGUCAGUGAUCACUCAUAUAUAGUCGAUGAUCACUCAGACAUAGUCGAUGAUCACUCUGACAUAGUCGAUGAUCACUUAGACAUAGUCAAUGAUCACUUAGACAUAGUCAAUGAUCAAUAA